CACCCGAUUUCAGGGACGAUGUCCCGUUAAAUCAACUGUGACGGUAUAUUUUAUGGCGUCUGUCCGGUUGUGUUUAAUGCUAUGUGUCAAACGAAGUUUACACUUUAUGAUUUGUCAGACUGGUCAACAACAAACUCAAACCGACCGAGUGGGAAAUGUUUCUAAGUGUUGUUGCUGUGUCAUUGUUGGGUGUGAUGUCGCUGUGAUCAAAGCAACGACACAGGAGCAGGAGAGAGUUCGCGAUUACCGGAGGUCCGUGAAGGCAGCGGGGCGGCAGCAGCGUGUUUCGGUCCUGUGACAGCGCUAACGGAAGCAUAUCGGGACGCUCACCGGGACAGGUAACACGCUCGGACUCAUUGAUCGGUUACUACCAGCCUGGAGCUUUGAUCUUUUACCAACACAGAGGGUGCUAGCCCGUUAGCCUGUUAGCCCGUUAGCCUGAGAUGAGGAGGAAUUUCCGGCGAGUGGGCGGUUUGAGAAAAACACGAAAACUUGAACCUGCGGACCAGUGACGCUUCAUGGGGGCUUUAUCUCUCCGUAACAGAAAGGGAAACCAGCUGCUGUCUGUCCGUUGAGGUGCUGAUGGAAGCUCGGCAGAUGUGCUCCAGCUGUCAUGACCGCUCUCACCUGGAUGCUCUCAUGGCUGCCUCUGAUCCUGCCAGCUGUAGGUACCCUCCCAAAGCCCGUCAACAUCUCCCUGACAUCACUCAACUUCAGUUAUAUACUGAAAUGGGAGGCGGGACCAGGCACACCUCCAGGGGUCUACUAUAACGUUGAAUACACAACUGAGAGGAAACAUAGCUGGAACCCGGUGGCCGGCUGUGAGCGUGUGCAGAAGCCUCUGUUUUGUGACUUGACGGCGGCGUUCUCCGUCCUAACGGAGAAGUACUUAACAAGGGUUGGAGCUCAGCUGGGAGGCCAGGUCUUUGGAGACCCGAACGAAACUGAGGUCCCAUUCAAACCCAUCGAACACCUGAGCCUGCCGCUGCUUAGCGUGGCGCCCAGCGACAGAAGCCUGAGCGUGGAUCUUCACCCUCCGCUGGAGCGCCUCAGGCAGAGCUACAACAUUCUCCGUUACGAGCUCCGGAUCAGCAGCAGCAACCCGGAUAAGAUGGAGUUCAUCAAGACUGAGUCUCUGAAGAGCUAUAAGUGGGAUCGUUUGGAGCCCGGCAGGCGGUACUGUGUCGCCGUGCGAUUCUGCGACGAAAUCGAGGACAUGUACUCCAACUUCAGCCCGCCUGAGUGUGCUACAGUACCAGCCAUCUUCUCUGCAGACCCGCUGAUCUCGGGCAUGUUGUGCUCGUUGGUGAUCAUCGUCACGUUCUGCAUCUUCAUGCUGAUCUCGACCGGGUUCAUCUGUCCGAGACGGAGGCUGCUGCCGUCGGUUCUGGUAAGUUCAGAGUCAGAGCAUCACACGCUGAACACGUCACCAAAAUAAGACGAUUUAUUCUAG